AUGGAUGCAGUAAACGAUAGAGAGAGCGAGAUUGCACUGGUGGUCUCUAGCGCCUCAAAUCAUCAUGAUAAUAGGUGGAUUGACAUCUCAUCAUCAUCGUCUUCUUCUUCGACAACAUGGACCUAUGACGUCUUUCUAAGUUUCAGAGGCGAAGAUACUCGCAGAACUUUUGUAGCCCAUCUCUUCCGAGCCCUUUGCAGUAAAGGCAUCUAUACUUACAAAGAUGAUCAGAGAUUGGAGAAGGGCAAGUCGAUUUCACCCGAACUCUUGCAAGCAAUCCAAGAAUCAUUGUUUUCAAUCGUAAUAUUCUCCAAGGGCUAUGCAUCCUCGACGUGGUGCUUGGAGGAACUUGUAAAGAUCACCGAAUGUCAUGAGACCAUUGGACAAUCUGUGUUGCCAAUAUUCUACGACGCCGAUCCGUCAGACGUACGCAAGCAGAGGAAUAGCUUCGCCGAUGCAUUUGCGAAACACGACAGAGACCAUAGCCCGGAGAAGGUGCAGAAGUGGAAGGAAGCUUUGUCUCAAGCAGCCGCUUGUUAUAGAUUGAGAAAAAUGAUUUUCGAUGAGUUCAUCGAGAAAUUUGUUCAAGACCUGCAUAGUCAGUUGCGCCAGUUUGAACUACCACCUGGCGAACACAAUCUGGUGGGAGUAGGAUCUCAUAUGGAGGAAGUCAUUUCGUUGAUGGAUUUGAGAAGUCCCGAAGUCCGCAGGGUGGGAAUCCACGGGAAGGCGGGAAUAGGCAAGACAACUAUUGCCAGAGGUCUUUUUGACAGAUUUUCUGAUAAGUAUGAAGCUGCUUGUUUUCUGGAUGAUGUUGGCCAAAUUUCCAAGAAACACGGAGUGGAUUAUUUACAAGAAAUCCUCCUCUCCGAGAUGCUCAAGCUAAGAAACGUCAAGAUAAGAAGCACGAGCGAAGGGCUGAGUAUGAUGGCACGCCGGUUUCGACACCUGAGGACCCUGAUGGUUCUUGAUGCUGUGGACCAUGCAAACCAGUUGGAGGCCUUGGCAGGAAAACGCAACUGGUUUGGUGGCGGGAGUAGAAUUGUCAUAACAGCAAGAGAUGAAGAGUUGGAGUCUAAAUAUGGAGCUGAUGGUACGUAUAAGGUGUACGGAUUGUCCUACAACCAAGCUAAACAGCUCUUCAGUCUCCACGCAUUUGGGAGCAGAACUCCUGGAGCUUUCAGAAAGCACUUGGUUGGUCCAAUUUGUAGUAUUUGCAGACUCCCCUCGUCUAUUAAAGCCUGGGCUUCUUUGGUCCGCGGUCGAGAUAUAGCCUGGAGGGAGGUUUUUGCAACGUUCAAACCAAUUGGUUUCAUUUUGUACUGUUGUUUCGUCGCUGCCCUACUGAUAGGGUUCAUUAUUGUUGCCACAAUAGUCGCCAAGGGGUUCGCUAGCGGACCUGAUUUUCGCGACUUUCCUAGAUUUCCACCAUUUCCUAAGAAUCCCUAA